CCUGCUGCAGCCCUAUAUAUAACUUACACCUGCGAAUGGUAACUUGACAAGAAGAAGAUUCACGUUUAGAAAGUUUAACCCAAUAAACGCAGUUGAGGACUUUAAGGGGCGUAGAUCCAAUCAUGCCAUUGCUGUAGGGAAAGUGGAGCACCCUUAAACAGCAGUAUUUGCGGGGAGGAGACCACAACAAAAGCACACCCACCAAAUAAUACGCGAUUACUCAUCGCCAAAAUGUCUGGGAAUCCUUUCGACAGCGAUGAGGACCAAAGUUCGGCCAGCGGGGAGAUCCUAGAGGGUUUUCUAUGUCCCAUUUGCCGUGCGGACCUUAAGUCCAUCGACGUGCUCACAGAUCAUUUUGCCCGCCAGCAUGCCGAGGAGGAGGCGGCCUUGAAAUCCUUCAAAGACAUCUUUACCAAGGCGAAGAAGAAGAUCCUGAACCCAUUCGAGGAUGAGAAGGCAGCAGCCGUAGCCUCGCCCGGAGGUUCCUCCUCCGCAGCGGCUGGCAAAAAUCCCAAUGGCAACGGAGAUCGCAAUGGACCCAGUAAUGCCCGCUCCCGACUCAACGUUUUCAACCACAUGGGCAGGCAGCAGGCAGGUGCCGAGUGCUCCCACUUUGAGUACUUCCAGUCCAUCAGGAACCCCCGGCUGGAGCGGUAUGCUAGCGAAACAAACAAGUUGAUAAUUCGCCUGCAUCGUCUGCUGAAGGAUCUGCCUGCGGAUUCAGUGCAGAGACGACAGCACGAACAGCAGACUGUUGCCUGGCUAGAUGGCAGUUCCGUCAAGUUGUGCCCCAGCUGCGCCAAGAGCUUUCACUUUGCCCGAAGACAACACCACUGCCGCUUGUGUGGAGGCAUUAUGUGCAACGAUUGCUCCAAGUUCCUGCCCCUGGAAGAUGCCAUGCAACUGGCCAGUCUCUCCACCACAAGAAGUGAACCCCUACAGCAGCUACACCAACAGGAGAACGCCAUCCGUCUGUGCGAACACUGCCUCUGGCUGCUGGACACGCGACGGGACAUGCACGAGAGUCGCACUUGUCGCCCACUCCUCAUGCAGGUCUACGAACAGAUUCGCCAGCUGCAGAAGGAGGUAACCCCGGAUCUGGACAUGUAUCUGAAGAUCAUCAAUAGCCUAAACGAAGGGGACACUAUCUUUACGCUGGCGGAUGCUGGUGCACUGCGCGGCAAGAUCGGGCAAGUUGCCGAAGCUAUGGACACGAGGAGCAAGCGCAUUCUAGCCAUAUUCUGUGAGCCAGGCAGUCGUGAGGAGGCCUUGAAGAAGGCCAUUAGGUUGGGGUGCAUCCAAGCCAUUAAGGAGCGCAUGCUUUCGCUGCCACCACUGCCAGAGGAGGCGCACAUCCGUCAGAUGCAGGAGCGCCGACGCAUGGAAACGCAACAACGUAUCCUUACUGAGCAGCGCAUGGCCAUGGAAGCCUACGAGCGAAAUAACCAGGCCGCCAACCAAUCGGGAGUGGUUGUUCCGGGUCCUGAAAGUGGUUCCUUCGCCCAGGGGUCGGAUCUCCAAUCCCUGACCAACUGGUCGGCCCCGCAGGCGGCCAGCAAAUCCACCCUGGAUGAUCCGCUGAUCGAGCAGAUCAACAUCAUUAAGGGAUACAUUAAACAGGCGCGUCAGGACAUGAACUUCGAAGUGGUGGAGACACUGGAACUGAAUCUUCGCGAGCUACAGCGCGAGGUGUACGAGCGACAGCGCCAGUCCCAGGGCAGCACCGCCGCCUCACCCACAGAGGCCUAA